CCGGGUCCCCGUCCCUGGCGCGCUGGGAAAACCGCCUCAGGACAGCACCACCACACACGCCGUUACACCGGGCAAGGCCCUUCGUUAUAGCAUCGACGCCCACCCAUCCGCUCACGAGGCGACCAGCCUCCGCCCGUCACCAUGAGCUUCGUCAACAACUCCCGCAUGUCGGUCUACUCGACUGCUUCGGCCGCAGGGCCGCGCGGCGGAGCCCAGUCCUCGACCACGUCCACCACGACGCUGCUCAACACACUCAACUCGGCCUACAAGAAUGGCCGCUCGUACAACCUCGAGGCCAGCACUAGCCUCGUCGUCAACACGUGGGUCAAUUCGAAGAGCAUCAUCGACAACCGCAUUGGCGGCACCGUCGACCUGGAGCUGGGACGAAAGGCAUGGGAACAUGCCCGCCGCCGAGCCGAAGACGGAUGCAUAGUAUUGGCUUCGCUGCACGAGUCGAGCCCCUCGCUCUUGUCGCCUUUCGUGUCCAGCCUGCCACUCUCGCUCCCUUCCAACUUCUACACUGCUCUCGAGGCUCUCAAGGCCUUCACCCACUGCGUCACCCCGCAAAACCCUUCCAUGCCCCGCUACUCCGCACUUGCCUCCAUCUUCACCAUCAACCUUGCCGGCACCGUUGUUGCUGCCGAAAUCAAGCUCUCCACAUCCGGCAUUGAUGUGCAACAGGGACUGCUUCAGGUUCCGUCCCAGACCGGCUUCCGCGCCUUUGACGUGUUCUACUACCUCAACUCGAGCUCAGCGUCCAAGCAGGAGCGGGAAUAUCUGGAUAUCCAGUCGCUCGACAAAUACGCGCUCCUUCGCCGCUCGGGCACUUACGAGCCCCCGGCCUACUUGCCAGACGCCGACGAUGCCGCGGCCGCCGAGGACUUCCGCGCAAACCUCAAGGCUAUCGGCAUCAAGGGCAGCAAGCUAACGAGUCUCAUCAGUUGUCUGACUGGUCUGCUGAAGCUGGGCAACACGUUGGACUACUUCAUGGAUGAGGAAGCCCUUGCAUCUGUGUGCGAGGAUGUCGAGACGCUCAUGGAUCUGCCCGAGGGCACCCUCCGACACAAGCUGGGCUCCAACGAGCGCGAAGUCGCCAUUGGUGGCCUCUACGAGUCCAUUGUGGACUACGUGAUUGCUCAUGCCAACGCCUCCAUCAAGCAGGAGAUUCAUCACGCCAAGGCUGGCUAUGAUGGCAGCGAUGGCAGUGGCAUGUACGCUUCUGGUGAGCCCGAGGACGGUGACAUUGUCAACAUUACUGUUGUCGAUAUCCCCAGUCGUGCGCUCGGCAAGGCGGUCGCGCUACGCACCGUGUUCGACGACAGUGAAGGCAUCAACGCAGAAAUGCGUGAAGACGGUGUACCUGUGCCGCCAGUUGCCAACUCAGUCCUUGAGGGCAUGAGGGAUGCCGUGCAGACCUGCAGUAUUGAGCUGGGCUUGAACGGCCCAGCUACGCGCGAAAAGGAAGCUGAUUUGGAGAGGCGCGAGGCCGCCCUCGACAAGCUUGCUCUCGAGAUCCCCGACGAGGCCAACUUUGUCAAGCAGCUGCUCAACCCUGUGCCAAAUGGCGGCAUUGUUCUUGGCAAGCACGGCCGUUUUGACCUAGCUCUCACUGUAGCCAGCAGCAGAGUCUGGUUCCAGCUCGCGCUUCACCCCUCCGACAACAUUCCCACGUCCUUGAACCAGGACUUGAACUCCACUUGGCAAGCUGGCGUAAUCUCUCGACAGCUACGUGAGUGGCGCCUGCCCGAAUGGGCAAACCGCCGCAACCGCAACCUCGACUUCACUGCCGAUUUUGAUCACCACGAGUUCCACGACCGAUAUGCGCCCCUUGGCUGCAUGGAUGGUCAAGAAGGUAUCCAGAACUGGAUUCUUCAGCGUGGUUGGAGCAACGGCGAAGUCGUGGUAGGCAAGGAGCGUGUGUGGGUACGAGAGGGUGUAUGGUGGGAGGCCGAGUCGCAGCUUGACCUCAAGACACAAGAGCUUGAGUCUUCCAUGCUCGGGGGCAUGCCUGGCGGCGCUCACAUGGACAAUGGAUAUCCCAACACGCUUCCCCCCACGGCCAGCACCUUCUUCCCGCCCCUUCCCGAGAUGCGAUCUGCGACUCCCCAGAACCCGUUUCAGAGCGCGGCCAGCCUGCACGGAGCCGGAACUGCGGAUGCCAAGUCCAUCGCUCCCACUGCUCGUACAGUCCCUACAACAGGACCCGGUGAUUACGGUCUUGGUAAGAAGGGCGACGAAAACAAGGGCGUGUCAUACUAUGAUCUUGAGUCAUCCGGCAAUGCUGUCGUCACUGAAACCCCCAUGACCGGCACCCGAAGGCUGUGGGUUGGAUUUGUCUGGGCCAUGACCUUCUGGAUUCCCUCGCCGCUCCUGAAAUGGGUUGGCCGAAUGAAACGACCCGAUGUUCGCUUGGCAUGGCGAGAGAAGUUUGUUUUGGUCCUGCUCAUCACGCUGCUCAACGUCACCAUUGUCUUCUACAUUGUCGCUUUCGGUAAACUCAUUUGUCCCCAGAAAGACAAGGUGUGGAACCAGAAAGAGGUGUCGCAGCAUCAGGGCGCAGCCGACUAUUUUGUCAGCCACUAUGGUGUCGUAUAUGACUUGACGUCCUUUUGGAGGCGGCAACACAGUGACUCCAACAUUGAGACUACCAAUGAGCGUAUGAUGGAGAUGGCCGGCGCCAACAUGAACCCAUACAUCAUUCCACCGCUAUACCUCGCUUGCCCCAACCUGAUCAAGGACACGCCUCAAAACCGCGUCCUGCAGUUGAAGCUCAACACGUCCGAGGCACAGAACCUGAACUCGCUGGCUGUACACACUUCUGGAUCACAAACGAACAUGCCCGACAGUAAAGCACUGAAACAGGAAGAUUGGUACCCCAAAGUGUUCCUCCCUGCCAUCACGCAGUACAGGAAGGGUGAUCUUGUGUGGAAAGAAAAAGAUGUCAAAAGUCAGGGUACCAACGAGAACCACAUGUGGUUUAUGCUCAAGGACAAGAUUUAUGAUUUAACCGACUACUUCGUCACGACCAACUUUAUGCAAGACCAACCCCAGUACAACUUUCUGGACCCCAAACUAGUCGACUUGGUAAAGAACAACGCGGGCCAAGAAAUCUCAUCGGACUUUGAGAACCAACUCAAUGACACUGCACGAGCAUACAAUCUGCAGUGUCUGGAUAACCUAUUCUACGUUGGUAAGACGGAUUUCCGCGACAGCGCAAGGUGUACGGUCAACGACUGGAUCUUGCUUGCGGUCAGUAUCCUCCUCUGCACGGUCAUUGUGGUGAAGUUUCUGGCUGCGCUCCAACUUGGUUCUCGAAAGCGCCCAGCCAACCAGGACAAGUUUGUCAUUUGCCAGGUGCCAGCAUACACUGAAGGCGAGGACUCUAUCCGGAAGAGUGUAGACUCCCUCACGGCACUUGCCUAUGACAACAAGCGCAAGCUCAUUUGUGUUAUUUGCGACGGAAUGAUUGUCGGUGGUGGUAACGAUCGCCCUACGCCCAAGAUUGUUCUCGACAUUCUUGGUGUUGAUCCAAAGGUUGACCCACCUGCGCUUCCCUUCUGGUCGGUUGGCGAGGGAAGUCAGCAGCUGAACUACGGCAAGGUUUACUCUGGUCUGUACGAGUUCGAGGGCAACGUCGUUCCGUACAUUGUGGUUGUCAAGAUGGGCAAAGAAUCCGAACAGCACAAGUCCAAGCCUGGUAACCGUGGUAAGCGAGACUCUCAAAUCUUGCUCAUGAGCUUCCUCAACCGUGUUCACCACCGCUCCGCCAUGAACCCCCUCGAACUCGAAAUGUUCCAUCAAAUCAACAACAUCAUCGGUGUGGAUCCAGAGCUGUACGAGUAUUUGCUCAUGAUUGACGCCGAUACCAUGGUCAAGCCCGAUUCUCUCAACCGUCUUGUAGCAGCCUGUGCCCACGACUCCAAGAUUGCCGGUAUUUGCGGUGAGACGAGCUUGGAGAACGAGGACCGGUCUUGGUGGACUAUGAUCCAAGUUUACGAGUACUACAUUUCGCAUCAUCUGUCCAAGGCCUUUGAGAGUUUGUUUGGCAGCGUUACUUGUUUGCCUGGAUGUUUCACCAUGUACCGUCUGCGCACCGCCGACAAGGGCAAGCCUCUGAUUAUUGCCGACAAGAUCAUCAAAGAUUAUGCUGACUGCAUUGUCGACACGCUGCACAAGAAGAACCUGCUUUCGCUUGGUGAGGAUCGUUACCUGACGACUCUGAUGACCAAGCACUUCCCUUCCAUGUCGUACAAGUUUGUCCCUGACGCCUACGCUCUCACGGCCGCUCCCGAUACCUGGAGCAUUCUGCUUUCACAGAGACGUCGAUGGAUUAACUCUACCAUUCACAAUUUGGUUGAGCUCGUCUUCCUCAAGGAUCUCUGCGGUUUUUGUUGUUUCUCCAUGCGAUUCGUCGUCUUUGUCGAUCUCUUCGGUACCCUCGUUCUCCCGUCCAUCUGCGCAUACCUGAUCUACUUGGUGUACACUGUCUCUACCGGCAAGGGUCAAUUCCCCCUGCUCUCGAUCAUCAUGCUUGCAGCUGUGUACGGUCUCCAGGCACUCAUCUUCAUCAUCAAGCGCCAAUGGCAACACGUCGGAUGGAUGAUCAUCUACAUCAUGGCCUUCCCUAUUCACUCUCUGGCACUUCCGCUUUACUCGUUCUGGAAGCAGGAUGAUUUCUCUUGGGGUAACACGCGUAUCGUCAUCGGCGAGCAAGGAACCAAGCAGGUGCUCACUACCGACGAAGAAGGCUUUGACCCCAAGUCUAUUCCCAUGAUGCGAUGGGACGAGUACGCCGAGCGCAACGAUCUCCCUGGUCGCCGUGGUAUUCCUGGUAUGGGAACAGAGAAGGGCGGCUUCAACGCAUACGAGGACGAGGCUUACGAAAUGAACGACAUGCAAUCCGUCUACUCGUCGGUUAAGCCAGCAUCUACCGUCAUGUCCAACAUGCAGCACAUCUCGCACAUGCCACCCCAGUCUCCUGGUCCCUACCAGGGCCUCAACGCGCGCCAGUCGACCUACUCGCACAUGACUCGCUACCAGGACAACCCGCAAGACAGCCGGGCCGUGUCGGGCAGUGUAACUGACAGCUUCCGCAACCAGUCGGCCUCGCCGUAUGGUCAACGACAGAGUAUGGCCGGCUUCCAGAGCUCAGACAAUCUCAUGGCAUCCACACCGCCUAUCCGUGGACGCAGCCCUCUGAGCUAUGGUGUCAGUCAGUCACGCCCAGGCAGUACUACAAACUUCCAGAGCAUGAUGAACGGCCCCAGUGACGGGCAAAUCAUCGAGACUGUGCAGGCGUGUCUCCGGGACGCCGACCUUGAUAGGGUGACGCGUAAGCAAAUUAUUGCGCUCGCUGAGCAGCGGCUGCAGGUGCAGCUUACCGGCGAGAGGAAGAUUUUCCUUACUCAAGCCAUUGACCAUGAGCUCGCCAACAUGAUGUAAAGGCAAAACUGAGUUUAUUUGCAUUUAGCGGUGUUUUAUCUUUCUAUGUGUCACCUUGCACGACGCAUCCUGUCUUUUCUUGCUUUGUAUACUUUGCACUGGGGCGCAACUAUAUAGGAAAAUGUCGGUCUCUGGAUUUUGGGCUAUGUUUUACAUGGUUGGGUUGAUGUAACUAUUAUAAUAAGGAGUAGCUACUUGUUCCAUGUAAACAGGUAUUGAAUUGAACUGCAC